AUGCUGAUGAUACAUCUGCUGGUGUUGCUGAGCCUGUUGGAUCCCGUUAGUCCCCAGAGCCUCUGCGACCCUGGCCAGGCUUGCGAUCCUCGAAAACGGAGGGACGCCGGGGGCCGCGGGGGAGUAUAUGAACACCUCGGAGGAGCGCCGCGAAGAAGGAAACUCUACUGCGCCACUAAAUAUCAUUUACAAAUCCAUUCUAAUGGGAAGAUAGAUGGCUCACUGGAGGAAACGAAUCCAUUAAGCAUCAUGGAAAUCACAGCGGUGGAUGUCGGAGUUGUGGCCAUAAAAGGGCUUUUCUCUGGCAGAUAUUUGGCCAUGAAUGAUAAAGGGCGACUGUAUGCCUCGGAAGUAUUCAACAAAGAGUGUGAGUUUGUGGAGCGGAUCCAUGAGUUGGGGUACAACACCUAUGCAUCUCGCCACCACUCAACCGAACAGCCACUGCCAACAGGGGGCAUUAGCAAAAAGCGAAGAGCCAGCGCCAAACGCCAGUGGUAUGUUUCUAUUAACGGCAAAGGCCGGCCGCGGCGGGGCUUUAAAACGCGAAGCACAGACAAAGCUUCACUAUUUCUGCCUCGGGUUCUGGGCAACAAGGAUCAUGAGAUGGUGAGACGGUUAAGAGACAGUCAGAGCGCACACCACCACACGCAUCACCUCAGCAGCCGUGGUGAAUGCCGAAGACGCCGGCAUCGUGCCAGGAAAGGCCGGGGCUGA